AUGACUGUUCGUGGAAGAGUGGCGAUGAACAGGAAAGAAUGGUCCCUCGCAUCUUUCUCUAGCAAAUCUUCCAAACCUAGGACUGAAGAAGAAACUCAUAAUUCAACUCAAGACCAAGAUGAUACAUUACGAGUAGAAAUCCCUGAACGGACAUACCAAACGACAUGCCAAUGGACAGCAUCUGAUUACCCAUCUCCCAAUUACCCAGAAACAAAUCCAACCCAAUCGCAACAAAGUCGUUUCUCUCACUUCUUUCAUCUUCGCUCUAAAGGAAAUUCCGAUCAGGUCCAUGAAUCCUAUGAUUGGAAUCACACAUCUUCAUCCAAAUCACGCAUCAAGAAGAGAACAAUUUUCACUGUUGUAGCUACUCUAAGUGCAGUGGGCGCUUGGGGUUAUAUACUUUAUCUCGCUACUCUUCCAACACAUCCAACACUUUACGUCUGCGCUCCAGGUUCAGAAAAAACAAAUCAAACUGCUGAAAAAGAUUAUGGAAUUGAAGGUGGUGUUAGAUUAUGUUGUCCAAGUUCUUUACAAUGGUUUCCUGCUGAUGGUGAUAAAGGUUCAGAAAUAUGGACAGAAGAUGGAUUAGGAUUCUUAACACUUUCUAAAGAUAUUGGAGGGAGAAGAUCAGAAUGGGAUAAGAACUGUAAAGUUUUAGAAUUGGAUGGUGAGGAAGGUAAUUUGACAGUUGUUGAAGUUCUUCUAGGACCUAGGAAAGCUGGAGUUGGAUUGUUUACCGGAGAAAAGGCAGAAGAGGGAGAAGAGGAUGUCGAAGAGUCAGGAAAGAGUGGAGAUACCGUACGAGUAGAGGUGGUUUUAUAA